AUGGCGCCAGAACGUGUUUGCCUCGCCUACUCAGGUGGUAACGCCAUCUAUGAGGACCGAUACCUGCUCGGAACAAGUCUCGCCCGCCCGGUCAUCGCCAGGGCGAUGGUCAAGGUUGCUAAGGAGAAUAAUUGCACGAUCCUAAGCCACGGAUGUACUGGCAAGGGUGUUCCUGACUCCGAACUUACUUCCUCUCCCAGUCAAGUCCGCUUCGAGCUGGCAUGGAAGGCCUGCGACCCGAUCCUAAAGGUUCUGGCCCCCUGGCGCAUGCCUGAGUUCUAUAACCGAUUCGCAGGGCGUGCGGAUCUCCUUAAAUUCGCCGAGGAGCAGAACAUCCCCGUUAGCUCGACUCCCAAGGCGCCCUGGUCCAUGGAUGACAACAUCAUCCACUGCAGCUACGAGGCUGGUAUUCUCGAGCAAACGGAGAAAGAGCCCCCGAAGGACAUGUGGAAGCGCACAGUUGAUCCGAUGACAGCUCCCGAUAAACCCACACCCUUUACUGUCCACUUUGCCAAGGGCGUUCCUGUAAAGCUUGAGGUUGAGGGCAAGGUCAUCACCGGGUCCCUGGAGAUCUUUAAGGAGGCAAACGAGAUCGGCCGGGCCAAUGGCAUCGGACGUGUCGACAUCGUCGAGUCGAGGUUUAUCGGCCUGAAGAGCAGGGGCUGCUACGAUACCCCAGGCCUCACCAUUCUCCGCCAGGCUCACCUGGACCUAGAAGGCCUUGUCAUGGAUUCUAAGGUCCGCGCCAUUCGUGACCGUCUCUCGCACGACUGGUCCACCGCUAUCUACAACGGUAUGUACUUCACGCCCGAGCGUGAGUUCGUUGAGCACGCUAUAAAGUUCUCGCAGCGCCAGGUCGAUGGUAAGGUCGACCUCGUCGCUUAUAAGGGCUGCGCUUAUGUCGUCGGCCGCUCCAGCGAGACUUCUAAUCUCUACUCCGAGGACGAGAGUAGCAUGGAUACGCUGGAUAUGGACUGGACGCCGCAGGACACGACCGGCUUUAUCGCCAUCCAGGGCAUUAGGAUCCAGAAAUACGGCGAGCGUAAGAUCAAGGAUGGCGAGCCUCUCACCCGUGUCUAG